AUGAGAAUCGGCGCUCUUGGACUCGUUGCCACUCUGUUGAGCCAAGUCCAGGCAAGUCCUGUCGCUCGCGCAGCAAAGGCACCUUACCUGUUUCUCAUCGGUGACUCUACCGUUGCUGUAAACGGUGGUUGGGGCGAUGGCCUUUUAGCCUACCUGAAGGACCCAGCCAAGGGUGAGAACAGGGCAAAGAGCGGAAGUACCACCGUUACCUGGAAAUCCGAUGGAAGAUGGGACGACCUCAUUGAAAGUAUUGGAGCCAACGCCGCCAACUAUGAACCGAUCGUUACUAUUCAGUUUGGUCACAACGACCAGAAGGUCCUUACCCUGGACGAGUUCACGUCGAAUCUUGAGAGUAUCGCUACUGACAUCCAGGAGGCUGGUGGAACCCCUAUCUUCAUCACUUCCCUUACUCGUCGGAACUUUGACGGCGAUGAGGUUAAACAAGACCUUAAGGACUGGAGCGAUGCGACCAUCGCCGCUGCCAAGGCCGUUGGCAUCCAAUACCUCGACCUGAACUUGGCCAGCACGAACUAUGUCAACGCCAUUGGCGAGGAAAACGCUAUGAAGUAUAACCUUGCUAGUGACGACCGAACACACUUGAAUACUGCGGGCGAGGCGGUUUUUGGUCGGAUGACCCUUGACCUCCUGUUGGAGGCACGCGAGGAUCUCAGUGCGUACUUCGAAUCCAAUGAAGCAUUGAGUGAGAAGAUCGCCAAUGGUGAAUAUGCCACGGGGGAUGAAUAAUGGAUUCAUCUACCAUAGUGGACAGUAGUAGAUAUGUGCAAUAUGAUAUGUUAGGGAGAGAGUGUCCA